UCAAAUUGAAGUUUAAAAAAAAGCUCAAACAAUCAAAUGAUGAGUUAAGUUAAUUGUUAGCGAUUAGUUGACAAUAUAAAAUUUUCAAUUCUCAUUCCAAUUGAACAUUAAUCAUGAUUACGAUUCUAAUCAAUAGUUUUUGUUUUUCUAUCAUUCAACUUUUCUUACCAAUCGAUUUAAUUGUUUCCACUUAAUUGUGUUUAUUUUUUUCCUCUUGGUUUCCAUUGCAAUUGCUCAUUUCCAUGCUAUUUUUAUGAUUAUAUUGUCGUCUUUGUUUAUUCAAACCUUAACAAUCACCAUUAUUACAUCACAAUCACAAUCAACUUAUCGGUUAAACUCACAAUUAACUUUAAUCCAGUUUCUCAAUCCAUCUAAAUAGCCAACUAAACAUUUGAUUGCUUGAUUGUUGUUGGACAUCAUGAAUUUUGUCACCUUAGUUUAUGCUGCUUUAAAAGUGUUAACUGCUUCACCUUCAGAAUCAACAAUUAGUAAAGUUAUCCCACCACAUGAAUCAACUUGGACCUAUGAUGGGAAAAUGAAUGGACUUGAUUAUUGGUAUCAACUUUACCCUCAAUGUAAGGGUAAAUUUCAAUCACCAAUUAACAUUGAUACCAAUUCAGUUAAUUACAAUAGUUCAUUGAACAUUAAUUUAAUUGGAUUCCAAAAACCUUAUCAAGCUUUCAUUGAAAACAAUGGACACACCGUACAAUUGGGAAUUGAUGAAGCAAUUAAACCAAUUUUAACUGGAUCAGCGGUUAAUGAUAAAGUUUAUGUCUUUAAUCAAUUACAUUUCCAUUGGGGAAUCCAAUCAAAAUUUGGGUCAGAACAUUCAAUAGAUUCAACUUUCUACCCACUUGAGAUGCAUAUCGUUUUCUAUCAGCGUGAUUACGGAACUUUUGACCGAGCCUUAAACUAUACUGAUGGGCUGAUUGUUUUGAGCGUUUUUUUCAAGCAUUCAGAUGAAGUUAAUCACGCUCUUGAUCGGCUAAUUAACGGAAUCAAAAAGAUCCCAAGGUAUCGAGACAAAGCUUAUAUUCCAGGUCCAUUUAAUUUCUCGCAAGUAUUACCAAGCAAUACAAACGCUUUCUACAAAUACUCUGGCUCAUUAACGACACCGCCUUGUCUUGAAGUGGUCACUUGGUUGAUCCUCGCUGAGCCGGUCAAUAUAUCAGAGGAGCAGACGGACAUAUUUCGCCAUGAAAGGGCCAAUAUGAUCUCUUCCAAAACGGGUGAACUUGAUUAUCUUAAUCACAAUUAUCGAACUCAAUCACCAUUAAAUCGUCGAGUGGUAUUCUCAUCCUUCAUCCCUGGUGUCGAUGGUGUCGGUGAUACAAACAACGGCGUCGGUGGCGGCGGCGGUGUUGGUAACAAUCAACGAGGACUCGAAGACAAUUAUGAUCCAAUUAAAGGUCAACCAGAUCGAUGAUCAUGAAUCAUUUGCAAAUUAAAUCUAAAUUAUAGUUGAUAAUAAAUCAUCAAAGUGUAAAAAUUAAUUGUUGGUACAAAUUAAUCAGUCUUAAAGAUGAUAUUAAGUAUUGAUAAUUUCAUAUUUGGGAGGUAAUGAUUAACUUAAUUGUAAAAGAAGGUUAGUAAAUCAAUCUGAUUGAUUUAAUAAAUUAUUAUGUUAAAUUAUUUGGUUUUUAGAUUUGAUUUAAUUGUUUACCUUUUUUUUUCUUGUUCAUGUUUACAAUUAU